AUGCCCCUCACCCCACAGACCCACUCGUUGUUGAUAAUUUAUAAAAACCCUCUUAGGCCUCACUCCCCCCGAUCUGAGAUAUCUACUGCAGCCCUCAUCCUCCACAUACAACACCCGAUCUGCCAGUCACCUUCUGUUAACAACAUCCUGCCCAGGCAGACCAGCUAUUACUGGAUAGGGAUCCGUAAGGUGGACGACGUGUGGACCUGGGUGGGGACCAAUAAGACCCUGACUAAAGAGGCAGAGAACUGGGCAGACGGGGAACCCAACAACGGGGGGAACAACGAGGACUGUGUGGAGAUGUACAUCAAGAGAGAGGCGGACACAAGGAAGUGGAACGACGAGUCGUGUAUGAAGAAUAAGAAGAAGACGGCUCUGUGCUUCACAGUCUCGUGUCAGAGCGACUCAUGUUACCAUGGAGAGUGUGUGGAGACCAUCAACAGCCACAGCUGUAAAUGCUCUGAGGGCUUCUACGGAGAGCAGUGUGAACACGCUAACAAGUUUGAUCUGACCAGCACCUCAGACCUUAAGCAACAUUUACAGACCUACAGGAACAGCAACAACACUCUCAUAUAGAGACCAACAACAAUAAAAGCAGGAACAACUGCAGGAACAACUGCAGGAACAACUGCAGGAACAACUGCAGGAACAACUGCAGGAACAACUGCAGGAACAACUGCAGGAACAACUGCAGGAACAGGCUGGCUUUCUUUUCAAAGAAGAUCUGCUGGUCACACCUGGAUCACAGUUCCUCAGUAUUGUAAUGUAGUAGGUUAGAUAGCCUUGAAUCGUCUGACUGGGAGAGAGGUGCUACGUUGAGUAUACAGAAUCAUCUGUUCUCAUGAUGGUCCUACAGAAAAUGUAUUUUUUCUCCCUAAGGGAGUUUUGUAUUGAACAAAUUGUUCACCACUGGCUGGUAUAUGACCACAAGUGGACACAUUUCUUAUGAUACUGAUUUUGACAGCUAUUUUAUACAAACUACAGAAAGUUAUA